AUGAGGGGAUUAUGGGCACUUCCGGCGGUGCUGCGCAUAGCACUGGCAAACCAGCACGCAUUCAGCGUCUUUGACGAUUUGCUCGCUUUCCCACAGUAUGAGGUUUUAUGGCCGGACACUUUCGUCACCGAGAACGAUGCGACGUUUCUUCUCUCACACAGAUCACCCAGCUCGAGCUCUGCAACACCGGGUUCGCAAGAGACGCAGGAACUCUCGAAGCGCGAUAAGCCGGCAGCGAACACACCGUCCGUAGACGAUACGCUCGAGCAAACAUACGAAGCAGUAGUGCUGCAUGGCCAGCGGUACCUUUGCAGCAUACCCGUAAUACCUGAAGAGAUACCACAGAAUGACACCACAUCGGCUGAGGAAGCCAAAGCCGAGGAGGAGAAGGAGCUCAUACGGGCAGCAGACCGUGGAUGGGAGUUGCUCGAAGGCAUGAAGGGUAACUGCAUAUACUAUGUGAGCGGGUGGUGGAGUUAUAGCUUCUGCUACAAGGAUGAAGUCAAACAGUUCCACCAGUUGCCACAGAGUCGAGGAGUCCCCCACUACCCACCUGUAGAGGAUACGAGCGUACACAGCUUUGUACUGGGGAAAUACCCGAAAGAGGAGAAGAGCAAGAAAACGGGCACGCAGAAAACGCUUGGGAAUGAACAGGGCAGCAAGGAGGCUUUUGAUGAUGAGGGUGACAUAAGCGAUGAGGAAGAGAAGGGUCUGGAGAUCUCAAGACUAGAGACCAAGGGGUCGAACAGAUACAUGGUCCAGCGGCUAUCCGACGGUACCGAAUGCGACUUGACAGGCAAACCGCGCAAGAUAGACGUACAGUUCCACUGCAACCCGCAGUCUGCCGACAGAAUUGCUAUGAUUAAGGAAACAAGCACCUGCUCCUACCUCAUGAUCGUCGAUACGCCCCGCCUCUGCCACGAUAUUGCCUUCACCCCACCGCAAGAGAACCUUGCGCAUCCCAUAACCUGUGAGCCCGUUAUCCCCGAGUCUGAAGUCGACGCAUGGACGCAGGCACAAGUGUCGGCCAAGAUGGCCGCAGCUGAACGUCUCAUCGCUGCGCACAAUACAGCCGACGAUGCAAACACGAACCCGCUUCGCGAUCUCGCCGACGGCCUCGAGGGCUCUACAAAGCGCAUCAUCAUCGGUGGCAUCGAAGUCGGCGCGAAGAUGUUUGUUGGAAGCGAAGGCAAGGUGAUCGAGAAGUCAGUUGUUGUCGGAGGAGGCAAGGAAACAUUCAUCGGCACUGUAGCGAGCAGCGAUGGUAAGCAGAUGUCCAAGGAAGAGAUGAAGAAGCUCAACAUUGCCGACCCCAAGGAUGUCGAGACUUUGAAAGGCAAUCUGAAGAAGCUGGCUGGCAAGAAAGGGUGGAAAUUGGAUCUCGUAGAUACACCAAGAGGCAGGGAGUUUAGAGGCAUCAUCGAUACCGAAGAUCAGGAUACUGAGAAAACGAAGAAGACGACGAAGAACAAGGAUAAUGAUAGUGCAGGAAUGGGUAAAGAAAAGGAGCACGAUGUUGAGCAAGACGACGAAGAAGAGAUGCAGGAGGGAAGCGAGGAGGUAUACAAGGACGAGCUGUGA